AUGCAAUCCACCAAAGUAUGGGCUGAUCAGCUACUGCGGAUGUAUAUGAAAUGGACUAAGAAGCAAGGCAUUGGAGGAAGGGUAGUUGAGAAAUGUAUUUCAAAAAAUGGUGGCAUCAAGUCUGCAAUUAUCGAAAUAGAAUCUAGAUAUGCAUAUGGCUAUCUUGCUGGGGAAAGAGGUGCUCACUACAUGAUAAGCAGUUCCCGUAACACAUCUGCUUCUCUUGAGGUAGAGAUUUUUGAAAUAGACAUAAGGAAAUUUUCAGACUCCUUUACCAAAAGACAAAGUGGGAGGAAAUUGUUGCAACAUGAAGGGAGAUUGAUUGCCAUGUAUUCCUGCUGGAUGUCCUUUAGCAAUGUCACAACUCUUUGUAGCCUGAUGAAUGCUAGCAUGGCUAGUGUGGAUGUUAUUCCUCUCUUCCUGGAAACAGCUCCUGACCUACUAAUUGAUGAUGAGGACUUGUUGGUCUCUUUGCCAUCUUAUAAAGAAGAGCAGGGUCAGACCCGAUCCACAUUACUAUAA